GUCUUAAGAUCAAAAAGAGAAGUGACAAAUCUUUUUUACUGAGAUUUUGGGUAAGAUUUUUGUUUAGAUUUUCAAGAAUGAUUUGUGGUCGUUGUGCAGCUUGCAAGUAUUUGAGAAGAAGAUGCCCUUCAGAUUGCAUUUUCUCACCUUAUUUUCCUUCCAGUGAUCCUCAAAGAUUUGCCUGCGUUCACAAAAUCUAUGGUGCCAGCAAUGUUGGGAAGUUGCUCCAGCAACUCCCUGCUUAUUUAAGAGCUUCAGCAGCAGAUUCAUUGUAUUAUGAGGCACAAUGCAGAAUUCAGGACCCUGUCUAUGGCUGUGUUGGAGUAAUCUCCCUGUUGCACCAACAAAUACAUAAUGCAGAAAAUCAGUUGGCUAAAACCAGAGCAGAAAUUGCAGUCCUUUCUUCUUUUGCUCAAGACAUAACAAAAUGAAGCAUGAAGUAGCUUCAAUAAUUUCAUCAUGGAACAAGGAAAUCUGUAACAAUCUGGCUCUUCCACUCUAUUUUCAACAAUUUUAUACAUAAUUGUUCCAAAUGAAUAAGACAAGGCACUCGUGCAUUCAUUUUUCCUU